UCCGAGAAGUCGUUUGAGUUAUAUUAAGUUAACAAGCGUAUAUAUCUGCCGGAAUGUUGUCGGCAUUUGUAAUAAAAUGACGCGUAGUUUGUGCGUUUAAAGUUGACAGGCAAAAACGGCCGAAGCGGUGAGCUCCGGGAUUUACCGUUGUAACCCGUAACUAAGGCAACGACGAAUGACGUUUCUCGCGGGAGAAUAAACGUUAAAAGAGCACCCAAACAACCUCGGCCUGUUUUUUUGUUAAGUCAGUAGUUUCCAGUGAAAUGUGUUGAACAUGGAGAGACAGAACUUGGGAAAAGAAAGGCUGAUAGUGCCCACUGAUUUUACCUCACCAGUGGUUUCAAAGAAUAUCCAGAAAGACCUGGUACCCCCAUCGCAUUUCGCAUCCGGCGUCCAGCCUGCUGGACAACACAGAGGCGUUCAAAUCUCAGGCACAACGCCCCCCAUCUCCUGGAUAAACUCAGGCGUAACAUCACUACCAUCAGGGGUUCCUGGUCCUGCCAAUCCAUGGCCUGCCAUCAGUCAGGCCCAACAGGAAAUCUUGGAGCUGAGGAAGGAAAAUCAGAGGAUCAUGAUGUUGCAAGGAGAUAGCAUAAGAGGAAGGAUCCCUGUGGAUCACCCAUCAGACCUUCGGGAAAGAUGUGCAGAGAGAAGUGAGCAGUGGUCCAGACGGGAGUUAGAGUGGCGUCUAGAGGCAGAGAAGCACAAGGCAGAUGCUGAAAGGUUGAAGAGGCAGGUGGAGUCCCUAAAGGACACUGCAGGGAGACACAGGGAAGAGAUGAGAGACAGAGACAGCACCGUAAGCAGACAGAGCCAUGAGUUGGAAGCAAUGCAAGAAGAGCUUUGUACAGCUAAAACUGAACUCAGCCAAAUCAGAGAGGAGCUCAUGCACAACAGUGCACAGAAGGAGAAAAUAAGCUCACAGCUUGAAAGACUAAAGGGAGAGUCUGCUGAGGAAAUUACAAAGCUGAGGAGAGAUGUAGAGAGGAGCAAGCAAGAGGCCCGGGAGCUUGCUCUGAAGGCUGAAAUGGGCAGGUUACAGGCUGAGGAGCAGGCCAAACAGCAGUCUCUGAGACUGUCAGAACAACUGGAGGAAAUGCACAAGAAGCAGGAGUUGGAGCUGCAACAGCUGAAUGCUUCCCAUUGUGCAGAGUUGGGUGUAGCAAGGAAAACAAACAGUGAACUACAGAACAGACUUCAAUCAAUGACCUCAGAAGUGCUGCAGCUAAAAAGCACUCUGAUGGAGGUAUCUACUGAGAGAGAUGGGCUGAAAGAACAUUUAAGCCAAAUGGGACAAGCUUUUGAGACGCAAUCAGCAACACUGCACAGCCUCAGAAAUUACAUCGGCCAGCUUGCCCCAGAGAAAGGAGAGGAGGAACGAUUAAAUGACGCUGUUGAGAGGCUAAACAAAGAGAAAGCAGCCCUUCAGAUGACCACAGAGCUUUUGACAGUCAGGCUUAACUCUGUGAAUGAGAUACUCACCCUCCAAGAAGAGAAAAUAGUGAAGAAGACCUCAACAGACCCUCUUGUGAAGAAUGGAUCUGAAGGCCUUCAAAUGCUUAAGCUCUGGAGAGAGAAAGUGUUCCAAUUAUGUGUCCAGCUUCGCUCAAAGGACAUUGAACUAAGAGGAGAGAAGGAUAAACUUCUUUCGACAGUGAGAUCCAUGGAGCAGCGGCUCCAGCAGGAGCAGCACCAGGCUAGUGUGCUACAACACAGUCUAGAUGACAGGAUAGCUGAGCUGGACCUGGAGAGAGUGGAAAAGGAGACAUUGAAACAGGACUUGGUCCAGGCUCACAAGGAAAACUCUCAGCUGAAGUCACAGAACCAAAAAGCAGAGGUUGAACUUAAAAGCCUCACAGAAGCAGUGCACAGGUUCAGUCUGGCAUUUGAAAGCAAGGUGACAAAAGUGGAUGCAGCUCAAACAAGGCUCAGCACUUUAACUCAACGGCUAACUUUUGCUAAAGCACGAGUGGAGACAAUCCAAGGUUUGAUCAUGAGGAGGGUUGCUCUGCAGAAACUUCAGCAGGCCAGUAAACAGACAGAACAGGCAACCGACAGCAUCACAAACCUCCAGACAGAGCUUAGUUUGGUGUGUGAAGAGAGAGACAGGCUCACACAGGAACUCAAAAGAACCCCGGAGCUCAUCGAGAAAACCCUAUCUGAUCUAAGAGAACAGUAUGAGAGCAAACUGAGGCAGCAGCAGCAGGAGUUGGAGCAGAGCUGGAUGGAGGUCCGGCAGGCUGUGGCUGGCAGAGAGGAGGCCGACGAGAGCCUGCAGCAGAUCCAGGCCCAGCUGGAGGAGAGCAAAGUCAACCUGGAGAAACUCCGCUCUGAGCUGCUCAGCCAGCAGGAGCACAGCGAGCAUGCUCUGCAGGAGAGAGUGUCUGAGAUCAAGGACCGCUGUGCUGAGAAGCUGAGAGAGAUGGAGGUUCAAAUCAAUACUGCCAAGACAGAGCACACCAAAGCAGUUAUGACUUUGCGGCAGUUUGAGAGAGAGGCAGCAAGGAAACGGGAUGAGAUGAGCGAACACACAAAGAGUAAAGUCCAGGAUAAACAACUGAAGGAGACAGAGAAAGACAAAAACCUACUGAUGGCUGCUGUUGCUGGGAGAGAGCUGACGAGUGAGUAUACAAGAGCCCACACAGCAGCUAGACAAAACUCUGCUGCUCCCUGGGAACAUCGAGAAAAACCUUCAGAGAGCAGCAGCUCUGUGGGAGCAAAAGUCCAACUCCCUGCGCACGAGAGACUGCUGUCUGUUUUGGAGGAGCUCCACUCUCUCAGUGCUGCAGUGGUAAACAGCUCUGAGGACUCUGCGGAGGAGGAGGGACAGAAUGACAGCGUGGGACCAUCCACAGGCAGUCCACACAGCUGAUACCUGGCGAUGACUCACUGUAGCCACUGAACACACCUUUAAUUUGUACAAAAGGUGGGCAGACAUUAUGCUUUAGGAGCCAAAAAAAAAAACAGUCGGUGGAAAGAAUUUUUUUGAG